AGGAAACACUCCUGACAGCUGACACUGAGGGGAUUUAAACGCACUGGAGAGAGCACGUUGGCGUGCGGAGACAGAUUUCCUCUGUGGAGUUAUUCCUAAUGUUAGACUGACGAUAUUUCAUCCAGCAAAGAGGGGUUUAAAGAAUGCUCCUGUUGUAACGAGAGGAUAAAGGCUGUUAGCUGUUCGCUUUUUAACACUUUUUACAGACGACAGAAAACGAGACAAGGAGGGUGUGUUUUUUUCCCCCCCACUCAAACUUGUUUCCACCCGUUGAGGAGCGAUGCUUCCGGCGCAGGAGGCAGCCAAAAUCUACCACACCAACUACGUGCGUAACGCGCGCGCCGUGGGCGUGCUGUGGACGGUGUUCACCAUCACCUUCGCCGUCAUCACCGUGGUGGUGUUCAUCCAGCCCUACUGGAUCGGGGACAGCGUGAACACGCCGCAGGCCGGCUACUUCGGCCUCUUCCACUACUGCAUCGGGAACGCGCUCACCUCGGAGCUCACCUGCAAAGGGAGCGCGCUGGACUUCGGCUCCAUCCCGUCCGGCGCCUUCAAGACGGCCAUGUUCUUCGUGGGGAUCUCCAUGCUGCUGGUGGUGGGCAGCAUCGUCUGCUUCAGCCUCUUCUUCUUCUGCAACGCGGGGAGCGUGUACAAGAUCUGCGCCUGGAUGCAGCUGGCCUCCAGUACCUGCAUGGUGAUUGGCUGUAUGAUCUAUCCUGACGGCUGGGACUCGGAGCAGGUGAAGCGCAUGUGUGGCCAGCGGACCGACAAAUACACCCUGGGCAACUGCACGGUGCGCUGGGCCUACAUCCUGGCCAUCAUCAGCAUCAUGGACUCGCUCAUCCUCUCCAUGGUGGCCUUCAGCCUGGGCAGCCGGCAGGACAAGCUGCUGCCCGAGGACUUCCAGGUGGAGGGCAAAGAUGACGCCUAAUCGCCCUGCGGACAGCAGAGGGAGGGGCUGGAAGAGACUUAACGAGGAGCACCGCUGGCAAGAGGGAUUCAGAUGUUUCAGAGGAUUCAGGAUGGCUAAUUACAAUCUUAAAAUAACUUUCGACACCAACUUCAUACUGUCCCUCAAAAUUGUGACAUCUUGUAAACACCGUCCACCUCCAGUUCAGACCUCACAGUCCUAGAUAAGUUCAAUUGUUAUUGCGUCUUGAAAUAAAUCAAGUGAAUUUUUGGACUUUGUUUACA